AUGUGGAAUAAUGAUGAUUUUCGGCUUCGCGGGUAUCCUAAUCAGAUUGUACACCAGUGGCUAUUUAAGGGGAGUGCAUUGACCCUUUACGGGAUCGCCUGCGGAUGCCACUUUUUCAAGCUACACUACAAUGGACGAUCAAAUCAACUGGAGGAGGCCCGAUACCAUCGAACGUGGUCCAAGAUUGUAAUUGCCAUCAAGGUUUGCCUACUGACUAGCCAAUAUCUACUCUAUAUGGUGUUCGUUAUGGCCAUCUACAUCCAAGCAAGUUUGGUAAACGGCAGCGCUGCUCAGAGCUUCGUAUUGAGUGCUAUGAUUCAGGGCAUAAGUAUUAACGUCCUGCGGCGCCUGUUGAUGUUUCUGCACUUGAAGGGGGAUCGGAGGUGUGUGAAGCAUAUAGUGAACGAGAUCCUGCUAAUUACCAGCGAGAUCGAGCGAAAGAUCGGUAUGGUGUAUAGCUGCGAUAUCGUACUGCUGGGAGUUUACUUGUGCAAACUGUGGUUACUCUACAUCCUGCUGGACUCCCUCUGGAACAAGCCCUACUUCCUGGUGCUCAACUUUCUCUACUGGGUGCUGAUGGAGUACUGCUUCGCAGGGUAUUUCCUGUACCAGCUAGUUGUGCUCAACUGGUAUCGCACUAUCACCCUGUUCUUGAAGCGGUUCAUCAAGAGCAACGAGAGUCGGCAGGACAUUGAGGGCAUCUGCCACGAGCGGUUGUUCCUGCUCUUCCAGCUGCAUCUUCGCAUUAGCCGCUUGCACAAAUAUAUUACGGAUAAUCUGUCCUGGCUGUCAUCCUCCAUUUACCUGAUGAUCUUCACCUGCAUCUUCAACAUGGAACUCCUACUGGAGUGCAGUCUAUUUGCCGAGGAUGAGCUCGAAAACAAGAUCUACAUCAUUGCGGACGGUUGUUUGGGACCCGUGUUUAUUCCGAUCCUGUAUGUGCUGAUAUUGGGGAUGUGCACUGACCGAUUUCGCGAAGCUGAGUUGCAACUACAGCAGCACAUUGUUAUCAUUCACGGCUUGUACAUGAGAAAAGUAGACCCACGUCCUCUAGCCAUUUCGGUACUUGACAACGAGCAUACCUCCCUUAUUCUUCAUCAGAAACUGGAACCACUCCAGAAUCUGAUCAUUUUGGGCACCACUUGCGAUCGGCAGUUCGUCCUGGACUAUAUCCUUACGGCCAUCUUGACAGCAUUGUCGCUGGUCCAGUACACGAUUUCAUGUGGUCAACCUAUCAAGGAAUGUGUUACGCACAAGUAG